UAUUCCGUCUUCUGAUUGGCUAUCGUAAUUAUCUUCACACGCGCGCUGACAGCCGGAGCGUCCCAUCUUGUCACGCGCUUGUGAACCGCCAGCUCCCGCCAAACGCCUUCUUGUCACAAUCUGCUUCAGUUAUGUAUAUGAAAACAUGGAGCUGUCAAAGAGCGAAGAUUCUUCAGAUGAUCGGAAGAGGACAAGUAAGGCACAUGGCCGAUCUAAAGGGCCUGAAGAGCACAAAUCUCAAACAACCACGAAUAAUGAAUUUGUGAAUACACACAGUACUGAUGAAAGCCCAUCCUCACUGCCUGUUCCAGACACUUUGGACAUACUGUCUCCAGGGGUUAGUGAUACACUCUCAGAAGGUCACAGGCGGCUCCGUGGCUCUUUUAAAAGAAGCAGAACCCAUGACUGUGUGAGAGGAACGGGACAGCAGCAGGCUGAGAUCCCUGGAUACAAAGAUGGGACCAACUGGCGCCAGCACCACAAGCUGGUCACCAGUGUCAGCUUUUCAGGAUUCGAGGCGCCUCUAAGGUUGCUCCGUGAGAAUCGGGAAACAUCUGGCAGCAGUCGUGAAAUCAUUGAUUACCGUAACCUAACACCUCAAGUGCCCUUCGUUCCCUGCAUAGCCAAAUCCAUUCCUAAAAAGAGGAUCUCCCUGAGGAAAUCUAGGAAGGCCAUUAAGGACUUGUUUGUUCACAAAAGACACAAACACGAGAAAGCUAUGUCACCAAAUACACCAUGUCGUGUUGUAGGUGAAAAUGUUCCUUCAUUGAAACGGACCAGGAAGACAGUAAGGCACCGAGAACGUACCAACGCAGGAAGCAGAUUUAAUGAAGAACUCAGUGAGACUCCCUCUGACUCUUCCAGUGAAUGUAGCGCUAAUGUCUCUGAGGAUGUUGCUUCAUUAAAAAGCUUUGGUUCUCAGGCUGGCUGCGGUGAGAUAUUUGCUGAUGAUCUUGUAUCACCUGAGGGGGUCCUUAGCCCAGAUCGUCACAAAGUUGCCUGUGAACCUGCAAAGCAAAGCCCUACUACUGCAGGUUUCCAGGGAGGUAAGGAAUGUCUGGCUUCUCCAGCUCACGCUGAGGUCCUGGACAUGUUUGGGUUGUGGGAAACCCUAAACAGAACUUUGCUAUUAGGGCAAAGUUCAAAAUCACAAGGACGUGCAACAAAACCCACAACACCUAUCGCAAAAUCUCCUUCCACAACCAAGUCUGAAGAUGUAACGGCAAAUACACCAGGACCUGUUGAGUCAGAGAUCAUAGAAUUUAAUACUAAUGUGAUAACACCCAAAAGUGACAACCAAGGGAACACCAGUGAUGAGGGCUACUGUGAUUAUGUUUCUCCCGGUUUUGAGGACCACAGCCGAAGUUCCCUCACUCCAGUGCAUUCCAGCAAGUUCCUUAGGGACACAUACAGUGGAGAUGCUCUUUACGAGCUAUUCUGUGACCCCAGUGAUGCAGAGAUUACCCCAAUCUUUGAUGAUGAGCUCAAUCUAACAGACAGCAUUGUUGGCCAAUGCAGUGAUCUUCCACUAUCCAUGUACAGCUUCCAUGUUGGAGCAGAGGAGAAUCUUGCCCCACCUUUGGCUCAGGACUUUGUUGGUCAUGAGCUUCUGCAAAGCAAAUGGAUGGGGAAGGAUUGCUUACUAAAGCUUUGUGACACUGAGAUAUCCAUGGCUAUGGGUAUAGUUAACUGGCUGAAGCACAGGACAGACAAAAGUAACUCAGCAGAAUCCAGAUCUUCAAAAGUUAGCAGUGAAGAUACAAGUGAUGUAUGUCUAAGAUGCGAAACCCAGACAGCAAGAAUUAGAAAACAAACAAAAGGAGCAAGAACUGUUAAUGGUAGAAGAGACGGUGUUGAUUUCAAUGAAUCAAGUAAAAAAAGCUAUGGUGUUCUGCCCUCAAAAUAUGUCGCAAAUACAAUGGUGUCCACCUUGGCCUCUCCAGAGAGCCAACCCAGGACUCCAAUGAGUGGUGUGUGUUUCAGGAUAUUCAAUAUCGACUCUCCUACGACUCCAGGCGGAGAUUUGCAGUCCCCAGUGGUAAGCUCCCCUGGCUCUGGGACAAGGUCUUUGUUUGUGUUGGCUAUAAACAAGGAUUCUCUUUGUGAACCCUGCAAGAAUUCCCUGAAAAAUGGAGCAAAAGAUCUGCACCUGUGCCGUUCUUGUAUGUCCCUCAUUGAGCACAUCAAGACUUCAGACCUUUGGGCACAUGCCAGUCAUCCCAGGUCCACUCCAACUCCACAGCCAAUAACCAGAGACCUACUCUCUCCGGCCAGCACUUGCGGGAUAAGAAGUGACAUCAGCAUAGCUUCCCUUGUUGAGCAGUGUGCUAGUCAGUUGUCUUCUUUGAAAAUCAACUUAACACAAGCUCAAACAAGCUGUGAGAUAAGAGAUGCCUUCGUGCUUGAUCAAGGGGCUAAAAGGAACAAAGAACUGUGUCAAAAAUCUGUGAAGUCAAAGCACAAGAAAAGGCCAGUGGCAACUACUGAGAGAGGCCCGCAUUCUAGACAUCGCUUGAGGAAGUCCAGCUUUUCUGAAGAUGCGCAACCUUGCCUUUUACAGACUGAGGAACUUGUCACUAACAGUGCUUCCGGUGAUUUGUUGCUGGAGACGUACGGUCCAUGGGAUGUUGAAUCUGGUGAUGCAGACGUAUCUCAAGCUACCAGGCCAACAUCUCUUCCUCUCAUGGCCUCUGCCUCUUCAGAUGUUUUUUGCAGAGACCAUCAUAAUAAAGUGGAAGAGGGGAGCUCAUCCAAAAAGAAGCAUAGAUUACGUCAUCACAGGAAGUCUGCUGUGAAUAGUGAAGGAUCAUGCAGUGUCUUUCCAGGGGAUAAGAAAGUAGAACGCAGAUGCCGAAUGAAGAAGUGAAACAGAUCCUGACUGUCUUCAACUCGUUUCUUCCGUCCAGUAGCUCAGCCCUCUGGUCGGCUGACCUCUCUACCAGCUGUCAAAGUCUCUACCUUUCGUCCGCAGGAAAUCUGACAUGUUUGCUCAUUUUACUGUCAACUCAGCGACAUUGUCAGCCUGGAGCAACAACAGGUCUGUUGAUCUGUUUGUUUGAAAAAUGUCAUUUGUCUGGAACCUGUCGUAUCUGUGUUUUUCUCUCUCUACGUAGUGUUUCUGCAAUCACUGCUAUUUUUUAUUGCAAGUUUAUUGCUGGAGUUUUCAAACCAAACGUCAAUGACAGUACACACUAGUGCAAUAACUACAAUAACACUUUUUAAACUGUUGUCUCAAUCAGGAAAAGUUAUGGAAUUUGACAUUGUGCGAAGUUAUACUUCAGCUUGUUUUUAUACAUCGAAACAAACUCACAAGCUAUUUGAAAAGCUCUAUUCUGGAGUUUGGAAGGGAAACGGCCAAUUUCUUGAAAGGGUUGGGACAGCUGGAGACAUAGCAAUGGAAUCAACUUAGCAUUUUCAUUUGUCCAAUUAAAGUUCAAAACAGACACGCAUAAUUGUGUAUCAGUGAACAAAUGAGGUAAAGUAGCCCUUUGAAUGAAAGCCUCUGAUCUGGCUGAUGUGACCAGAAUUGAUGAGAGACCCCCAAAAAGGGUCCAUUCAUACAUAUAGUAGGCCUCUUCACAAAGCAGGCAGGUGGCACUUUUACUUGUCGUCUUUGUCCAUUUUGGUAUGUAAUUCUGCCAAGUCUGUCCCUUUUUCACUUGGUAAAUACUUCAACUGAACCUAGACUCCAAUCGUCUAGUUAGGGUCGCUAUUGAACAGAAUUCCCAUAAACACUACCCCCGGUAUGACUAAUCUAUAUAUGUCUGCACACCUAUCUUUGAGCAGACAGUUAUUUGCUUAUAUAUAGACAUCUGCACAUCUAUAUUUGGGUGGCCCGGUUAACAUUGAACUUCGAGCCAUUUAUUUAUACUCUCAGUGUAUAUAGGAAUUAGGGGUGUGCGAUAUACCGGUAGACACGAUUAACCAGUAGAGAUUUGUCAACCGGUAGAGAUUUUGGAGUAUUGUUUCUUUCAAAUGACACGCUCAUGGUGAUGAAAACGUAUCACUUGCACAUUUUUAAACACUUUCAAGCACUGUCAGAAAGGCACAUGCGCUCGUAGAGUGAGGAUUGAGCGAGUGAGUGAGUUAUUUUUGCCAUUUUAUAGGCCUUGAACAGUUAAACAAACACAAAUGCCAUCUUUGCAAGUAUCCUUAAACACAGCAAUUUAGGUCUUCGUUGAAAGCAGCUGAGAAAGAAAGCACUUGUAACAGUAUAUUGGAUCCAGGCAGCUCUUAAAGUGACAGCAGUCUAAUAUUCCUUCUUGAGUAAAUCACUUUUAUAACUGUAAUAGAAAGAAAUAUAUAUUUAAUUUACAUAGUGAAGAAUUUGUAUUCAUUUGAUUAUACAAUGUAGCAAUUCUUAUUUAUUUGUACUGCUGUAGAUUUUUGUCAUACUGCUUAUAAUUAGUUUAUUUAAUCGCUGUUUACUUUUCUUCACGGAGCGUGAUUUUUUUUAUUUAUGCUUGGUAUUUUUUUUAUGAAACGGACAUUGAAAUUACAAAAUUGACAAUAAAAAAAAAAAUUAUAUUUCUAGGUCAGAAAAAUACUUGAUAUCCUAAAGACCACAUUUAAUGCUAAAAUAACUAGAUUGUGAUAUAUUGUGCAAUACAAUUACUCAUAUUGUGAUAUAAGAUUUUGGUCAUAUCGCCCACGCUAAAUAUGAAUAAACCAAAAUUUGAAAAGAUAAAGACAGAUACCAAAGAAAUGGUACCUUUUAAAAGUGUCGGGUCCUCGCUCUAAACAAAUGUAAGCCGAAGGGUCAUUUCGAAGAAGCCCUUUCUGCUAUAACCUGAGCAGCUAUUAGUAAAGUAUUGUAUUUCAGGGCCUCAACCUGUUUUCCAUUAGAUCAGCAUCAGCCAUAACAACAUCUGGUGCAGAGCUGGUGUCAGUAAUCAAUGCAGUGAUAAUCCUCAAAUAAAAGCACUCUAGUCCGGCAUCGACAAUGAAAAAUGUAAGCGCUGAACAGAAGCUUUUCAGAUAGCUUACUUUUUCCUCAUUUUAUUUCACAUACUUAAAACUGGGGAAGUUGUAUUAUCUGUGCUGCAUUUUUCUGUACAAAUGUAAUCAUAUUACUUCUCAGGAUAAGCUGUGUCAAAAUUCAAGAAUUAGAUAACGGAUAAUAGCAUGUGAGACUUGAACCACUGACAAUAUCCUAAUAACAUGAAUGACUAUAUUGCGAAACGAAUGUGUUGCAUGAAUUUGUAAGCUGUAUAAACUAUGUAAAGUGCUGCUUUUGUUCAAAUGGAGUAGUAAGAAGGUUCUUUUGUCACCUCUUAGUGCCAUUACAUUCUUUUCAAGACGGGGCAGCUGACAUUUAUCGUAGUUCUGUGCAAUAUUUAUAUCGAUGUGCUUGCCUUUGUCACCGAGUAUUAAUAAAAACCUAUUUAUGAAUCCA